CCCAGGGACUGGACUUUCCCCCACGCUCGCCCCCGCCCCGCGCUCACCCCGGCGCACAGUUCCCCGGGCCCCACCGCCCAGCGCCAGGGCAGCCCCGGCCUCGACUGCGCACCCCAUUGUACGGCCCCCAGGUGCCGCCGGCCUUUGUGCGGGAAGCCCCGGGCGGGGGGCUGAUUCCCUGGGAGCCGGGGCUGAGGGCCCCAGGGCGGCGACAGAGGCCAGGGCGGAGGAGGAGGAGGAGGAGGCUGGUGGAGGAGGAGGCGAGCCGGGCGGAGGAGGAGGAGGCCGGGAGGAGGAGGAGGAGAGCCGGCAGCAGCAGCGGCUGCGGCGAGAGCUCGGGCGGCCGCCGCCGCCGCCUCCUCGCGAGCGCCGCGCGCCCAGGCCCGGCUCGCAUGCGAGUCACGUCCGCCCCCUCGGCGAGGCCGCCCCGAGACGCCGGCCCCGCCGAGUGAUGAGAACAGACGUCAAACUGCCUUAUGAAUAUUGAUGCGGAGGCUAGGCUGCUUUCGUAGAGAAGCAGAAGGAAGCAAGAUGGCUGCCCUUUAGGAUUUGUUAGAAAGGAGACCCGACUGCAACUGCUGGAUUGCUGCAAGGCUGAGGGACGUGAACGAGGCUAGCCAACAUCAUCAUCAAACCCUCUCAAGAUUGUCUACUUGCCCUUGCUCCUGUUGAGUUACCACACUUGGAAGCAGGAGAUGGGCUCAGCAGCAGCCAAGAGGCCAUGAUCCAGGAGGAGCAAAUUCAUUCAGAGGGCAGCCUUGUGGAUGGCCCCGAAGCAAGCCUGAUGGAACAGGAUAGAACCAACCAUGUUGAGGGCAACAGACUAAGUCCAUUCCUGACACCAUCUCCUUCUCCCAUCUGCCAGACAGAACCUCUGGCUCUAAAGCUCCAGAAUGGAAGCCCAUUAACUGAGAGACCUUAUCCAGAAGUAAAUGGAGACACCAAGUGGCAGUCUUUCAAAAGUUAUUAUGGAAUACCCCAUAUGAAAAGAAGCCAGAAUUGUCGCGUGAGUCCGGACUUUAUACAAGAAGGUAGAGGGUAUUCCAGGUGCUUGCAAAAUGGAGGAAUAAAGCGCACAGUUAGUGAACCUUCUCUCUCUGGGCUUCAUCAGAACAAGAAAUUGAGACAAGACCAAAAGGCUAAUGGAGAAAGAAAUAACUUCGGGGAAAGCCAAGAAAGAAAUCCAGGCAAAGGCAGCAGUCAACUGAAUGUCUCCGAUUUGAGUGAUAAGAGAGAAUCCGUGAGCUCUGUAGCCCAAGAAUAUGCAGUUAAAGAUUUCAUCAGUUUUUCAACACAUAACUGCAGUAGGUCUGAAAAACCAGAGCUUCGGAUUCUGAAUGAGCAGGAAGAGAAAAAUGCUAACUACCAUGACAAGAACAUUGUAUUACUUCUUAAAAACAAGGCAGUGCUAAUGCCUAAUGGUGCUACAGUUUCUGCCUCUUCCAUGGAAAACACACAUGGUGAACUCCUGGAAAAAACACUGUCUCAAUAUUAUCCAGAUUGUGUUUCCGUUGCGGUGCAGAAAACCACAUCUCACAUACAUGCCAUUAACAGUCAGGCUACUAACGAGUUGUCCUGUGAGCUCACUCACCCAUCGCAUACCUCAGGGCAGACCAAUGUCCCACCGACCUCGAACUCUGAGCUGCCUCCAGAGCCAGUUGCAGUGGUGACCGAGGCCCGUGAUGCUGACAAAGCCAGUAAGACAGCUGCAGUGAUAGGGACCUGUCCCUUUCAGAAACCAGAAAAACAAAAAUCAGUUUUUGACAUAUGCCUGUCGCGUGCUGAAAACAGCCCUAUCCAAGGAACCACAAAGCUGGUAUCUGGUGAAGAAUUCUGUUCAGGUUCCAGCAGCAAUGUGCAGGCUCCCAGUGGCAGCUCUGAACGGUAUUUAAAGCAAAAUGAAACAAAUGGUGCUUACUUCAAGCAAAGCUCAGUGUUCACUAAGGAUUCCUUUUCUGCCCCUACCACAUCACCACCAUCACAAUUGCUUCUUUCUCCCCCUCCUCCUCUUCCACAGGUUUCUCAGCUUCCUUCAGAAAGAAAGAGUACUCUGAACGAUGGAGUUUUGGAAGAACACCAUCACUACCCCAACCAAAGUAACCCAACUCUUUUAAGGGAAGUGAAAAUAGAGGGUCAACCUGAGGCACAGCCAUCCCCGAGUCCUAAUCCAUCUACACAUGCAUCCAACCAUUCUCUGAUGCUUCCAGAAAGGCCUCAGAAUAAUUGUGUUAACAAGAAUGACAUGCAGACUCCAGGGAUGAUGACGGUUCCAGCAUGUUCUGAGAAAGCGAGACAAAUAUCAGAACACCUCAAGCAUAACCCACCAAUUCUUGGUAGCAGUGGGGAUCCACAGGACCCCUGCCAGCAGUUGAUGGGACACAAAGAGCAAGAUAUGCCGAAGGGUCGAGACAAGGAACAAACACGAGGUCUUGUGCUCCCAGCCCAGGGCUAUCUGAAACCGGGGUGGAUUGAAUUGAAGCCCCCUCACUUUCAUCAAGCAGAAUCGCACCCAAAGUGUCAUGAGGCAUCACUGCGGUCAGUUCUUCAGUAUCAGUCCAACCCCGCCAAUCAAAUGACCUCCAAACAAUACACUGGAAAUUCCAGCUUGCCUGGGGGGCUCCCAGGGCAGGCUUACAUCCAGAAAAUAAUGCAGCCAGAGCAGAGGCCACAAAGGUACCAAGGUGAGAUGAAUCCAGGGCAGUCUCAAGGUACAGUGGACCAGCAGCUCCAUUUCCAAAAACCCUCACUCCAGGUGCACUUCUCCAAGACAGACCCUUCAUCCAAAGCUCACGUGCAGUCAUUGUGCACCCACAGGUUUUAUUUUGAACAAAGACCAGAUUCCCAAAGUGAGAAACUCAUACCCCCAACAUUAAAACAGCACUUGAAUCAGCAGGCUUCAGAGACUGAGCCAUUCUCAAACUCACACCUUUUACAACACAAGCCUCAUAAACCGGCAGCACAAACACAAACACAACCAUCCCAGAACUCACUUAUGUCUCAAAACCAGCAGCAGCAGCAGCAAAAAUUACAAAUGAAGAAUAAAGAACAAAUGCCCCAGACUUUCUCUCAUCCCCAAGGCAACAAUGAUCAGCAAAGGGAAGGAUCAUUCUUUAGCCAGAUUAAAGUGGAAGAAUGUUUCCGUGGUGAAAAUCAGUAUUUGAAAUCAAGUGAGUUACAGACUCAUACUACUCAAAUGGGAUUGGAGCAAGUACAGAAUAUGAAUAGUAGAAAUUACCCCUAUGGUCAGAUCUUGAAAUCAAAUGAAAGCAAACUACAGAUUUCUUGUUCAAACAAUACACACCUAGUUCCAGAAAAUAAAGAACAAACUAUAAAUUCUGAACUCUUUGCAGGAAACAAGACCCAAAACUUGCAUCACAGGCAAUAUUUUCCAAAUAAUGUGACUCCAAAGCAAGAUGUUCUUCAUAGGUGCUUUCAAGAACAAGAGCAGAAGCCUCAACAAGCUUCAGUUCUACAGGGAUACAGAAGUAGAAACCAAGAUAUGUCUGGCCAGCAAGCAGCACAGCUCCCUCAGCAAAGGUACCUGAUGCAAAACCAAGCAAAUGCUUUCCCUGUGUCUGACCAGGGAGGAAGUCACAUUCAGACGCCUCCCCAGAAGGACAUUCAAAAGCAUGCUGCUCUAAGGUGGCAUCUCUUGCAAAAGCAAGAACAGCAGCAGAUACAACAUCCCCAAACUGAGUCUUGUCAUAGUCAGAUGCACAGGCCAAUUAAGGUUGAACCUGGAUCCAAGCCCCAUACCUGUAUGCGCCCCAUGUCGGCACAGCCAGAAAACAAAACAUGGAAAAAGUUAACUAAGCAAGAGAUUCCACCCCCCAGUUGUGAUAAUGUGCAGCAAAGGAGCAUCCUUGAGACCAUGGAGCAACAUCUGAAGCAGUUUCAGGUCAAAUCAUUAUUUGACCAUAAGGCUCUAACUCUCAAAUCACAGAAGCAAGUAAAAGUUGAAAUGUCAGGGCCAGUCACAGUUUUAACUAGACAGACCACUGCUGCAGAACUUGAUAGCCACACCCAAGCUUUAGAGCAGCAAGCAACUCCUUCUUCAGAAAAGACACCAACCAAAAGAACAGCUGGUUCUGUUCUCAAUAAUUUUUUAGAGUCACCUUCCAAAUUACUAGAUACUCCUAUAAAAAAUUUAUUGGAUACACCUGUCAAGACUCAGUAUGAUUUCCCAUCAUGCAGAUGUGUAGAGCAAAUUAUUGAAAAAGAUGAAGGUCCUUUUUAUACCCAUCUAGGAGCAGGUCCUAAUGUGGCAGCUAUUAGAGAAAUCAUGGAAGAAAGGUUUGGACAGAAGGGUAAAGCUAUUAGGAUUGAAAGAGUCAUCUAUACUGGUAAAGAAGGCAAAAGUUCUCAGGGAUGUCCUAUUGCUAAAUGGGUGGUUCGCAGAAGCUGCAGUGAGGAGAAGCUACUGUGCUUGGUGCGGGAGCGAGCUGGCCACACAUGUGAGGCUGCAGUGAUUGUGAUUCUCAUCCUGGUGUGGGAAGGAAUCCCAUUGUCCCUGGCUGACAAACUCUACUCGGAGCUCACUGAAACGCUGAGGAAAUACGGCACUCUCACCAAUCGCCGGUGUGCCCUGAAUGAAGAGAGAACCUGUGCCUGUCAAGGGCUGGAUCCCGAGACCUGUGGUGCCUCCUUUUCUUUUGGUUGUUCAUGGAGCAUGUACUACAAUGGAUGUAAGUUUGCCAGAAGCAAGAUCCCAAGAAAAUUUAAGCUGCUUGGGGAUGACCCAAAAGAGGAAGAGAAACUGGAGUCUCAUUUACAAAACCUGUCCACUCUUAUGGCACCAACAUACAAGAAACUUGCACCUGAUGCAUAUAAUAAUCAGAUUGAAUAUGAACACAGAGCACCAGAGUGCCGACUGGGUCUAAAGGAAGGCCGACCAUUCUCAGGGGUCACCGCAUGUUUGGACUUCUGCGCUCAUGCCCACAGGGACUUACACAACAUGCAGAAUGGCAGCACACUGGUAUGCACCCUCACUAGAGAAGACAAUCGAGAAAUUGGAGGAAAACCUGAGGAUGAGCAGCUCCAUGUUCUGCCUCUCUACAAAGUCUCUGACGUGGAUGAGUUUGGGAGUGUGGAAGCUCAAGAGAAGAAGAAACAAAAUGGUGCCAUUCAGGUGCUGAGUUCUUUUCGGCGAAAAGUCCGGAUGUUAGCAGAGCCAGUCAAGACAUGCCGACAAAGGAAACUAGAAGCCAAGAAAGCUGCAGCUGAAAAGCUUUCCUCCCUGGAAAACAGCGCAAAUAAGAAUGAAAAGGAAAAGUCAGCGUCAUCUCGUACAAAACAGACUGAAAAUGCAAGCCAGACUAAACAGUUGGCAGAACUUCUGCGACUUUCAGGACCAGUCAUGCAGCAGUCCCAGCAGUCCCAGCAGCUCCCGCCCCCACCCCCACCGCUGCAGAAGCAACCUCCACAGCCACAGAAGCAGCCACCCCAACAGCCACCCCAACAGCAGCAGCAGCCCCAGCAUCACCCCAUGACGAAUAACCCUCAGUCAGAGUCUGGCAACUCCUACUCUUCCUCUGGAUCAGCCAAUCUUUACAUGAGGCGGCCCAAUCCAGUUAUCCAAGCUUAUCCGGGCUCUUCACACACUUCAGAUAUUUAUGGAGGCGCCAGCCCUAUGAACCUCUAUUCCACCUCAUCCCAAGCUACAGGUUCAUAUUUGAAUUCUUCUAAUCCCAUGAAUCCCUACACUGGGCUUCUGAACCAGAAUAAUCAAUAUCCAUCAUAUCAAUGCAAUGGAAAUGUAUCGGUGGACAACUGCUCCCCGUAUCUGGGUUCCUAUUCUCCCCAGUCUCAGCCCAUGGAUCUAUACAGGUAUCCAAACCAAGACCCUCUCUCUAAGCUAAAUUUACCACCCAUCCAUACACUUUACCAGCCAAGGUUCGGAAAUAGCCAGAGUUUUUCCUCUAAGUACUUAGGUUAUGGAAACCAAACUAUGCAGGGAGAUGCCUUCAGCAGUUGUACUCUUAAAACAAAUGUACACCAUGUAGGGACAUUUCCUCCUUAUUCCACUCAUGAGAUGGAUGGCCACUUCAUGGGAGCCGCCUCUAGAUUACCACCCAAUUUGAGCAAUCCAAACAUAGACUAUAAGAAUGGUGAACAUCCCCCAUCUUCUCAUAUAAUCCAUAACUAUGGUGCAGCUCCAGGCAUGUUCAACAGCUCUCUUCAUGCCCUGCAUCUCCAAAACAAGGAAAAUGACAUGCUUUCCCACACAGCUAAUGGGUUCUCUAAGAUGCUUCCAGGUCUUAGCCAUGAUAGAACUGCUUCUGUCCAAGAAGGCUUAUACAAAUUACAGGAUGCCGGUAACCAGGAAAAGCAGCCUUCUGCCCCCGAGGACAAUGAUGAAGUCUGGUCAGACAGUGAGCAGAGCUUUCUAGAUCCUGACAUUGGGGGAGUGGCUGUGGCUCCAACUCAUGGGUCAAUUCUCAUUGAGUGUGCCAAGCGCGAGCUUCAUGCCACAACCCCUUUAAAGAAUCCCAAUAGGAAUCACCCCACCAGGAUCUCGCUGGUCUUUUACCAGCAUAAGAGCAUGAAUGAGCCAAAACAUGGCUUGGCGCUCUGGGAAGCCAAAAUGGCUGAAAAAGCCCGAGAGAAAGAGGAAGAGUGUGAGAAGUAUGGGCCAGACUAUGUGCCUCAGAAAACCCACGGCAAAAAAGUGAAACGGGAGCCCACUGAGCCGCAUGAACCUUCCGAGCCCACUUACCUGCGCUUUAUCAAGUCCCUUGCUGAAAGGACCAUGUCCGUGACCACAGACUCCACAGUAACUACAUCUCCAUAUGCCUUCACUCGGGUCACAGGGCCUUACAACAGAUACAUAUGAUGUCGCCCCUUGUGGUGGGUACCUCAUUUGAAAAGACCACAACCAACCUGUCCGUAGUAUAGUUCUCAUGACGGGGGCAGUGGGGAAAGGACACAGGAUUCCUGGCAAAUGUGGUGGGAAGAACCUCAGCUCACCAGCAAAAAAAGAGGUCAUCCUACCAUAGCACUUAAUUUCCACUGACUCCUAAGUGGUCACAGAUGGCAUCUAGGCAAAAGACCAAAGCAUUCUAUGCAAAAAGAAGGUGGGGAAGAAAGUGUUCCACAAUUUACAUUUUUAAACACUGGUUCUAUUAUUGGACGAGAUGAUAUGUAAAUGUGAUUUUUUUCCCCCUUACAACUCUACACAUGUGACCACUUUUAAUAAUACCAAGUUUGCAUAGUCAUGGAACACAAGUCAAACAAGUACUGUAGUAUUACAGGGGCAGGAAUUUUAAAAUACCAUCUGGUGCUGAAUAUACAAUGUACUGAAAUACUGGAAUUAUGGCUUUUUAACAUGCAGUUUUUACUGUAAUCUUAAUAUUAACUUUUAUUUAUCAAAAUAGCUACAGGAAGCAUAAAUGAAUAGACAGCAAAACACUGAAUUUGUUUGGAUGUUCUAAGAAAUGGUGCUAAGAAAAUGGUGUCUUUAACAAUUGAAAAUUUAAUGCCUUUAUAUCAAGAUGCUAUCCGUGUACUCCAAUGCCCUUGAAUAAUAGGGGUACCUUUUCAGUCAAGUUUUUAGCAUAAUUACCUGUUCUUACACGAGGUUUUUGUUCUUUUUUUUUUAAAUGUGGACAUUUAAAAGCCUCUGGAUUUUGCUCAUCCAGUGAAGUCCUUGUAGGACAAUAAACGUAUAUAUGUACAUAUAUGUAUACACAUAUGUAUAUGUGCACACACGUAUAUGUAUAAAUAUUUUAAAUGGUGUUUUAGAAGCACUUUGUCUACCUAAGCUUUGACAACUUGAACAAUGCUAAGGUACUGAGACGUUUAAAAAAAAAAGUUUACUUUCAUUUUAGAAUGCAAAGUUGAUUUUUUUUUUAAGGAAACAAGGAAAGCUUUUAAAAUAUUUUUGCUUUUAGCCAUGCAUCUGCUGAUGAGCAAUGUGUCCAUUUUUAAUAUAGCCAGUUAAAUCUGCCACGGGGCUUACUGGAUUCAAGGGAAUACAUUAGUCCACAACACAUGUUUUCUGGUGCUCAUCUCACAUGCUAUACUGUAAAACAGUUUUAUACAACAUUGUAUGACAAGUUCAUUACUCAAAUAUGUAGUUUUAGGAAUUUUCUCUUAACUGCAGGUAAUAACGACAUGCUACAGACAUAACAAAGCUAGUUCACUUAAGCUGAUGCUAUUUUAUGGAUCUGUAUGCUCUUCAGCAAACCGAAUGGCAGUCUGCUUUUGUGUUGAUAAUUGUACAUUGUGAUGUUGUCAUUUCUUAGCUUAAGUGUCCUCUUUUCCAGGAAGAUUGAGCAGACUGAUGCCUGCAUAAGAUGAAUAAACAGGGUUAGUUCCAUGUGAAUCUGUUAAUUAAAAAGAAAAAAAACAGGCAGCUGGUUUGCUGUGGUGGUUUUAAAUCAUUAAUUUGUAUAAAGAAGUGAAAGAGAUGUAUAGUAAGUAAAUUAAAUUGUAAACAAAACUUUUUUAACGCAAUGCUUUAGUAUUUUAGUACUGUAAAAAAAUUAAAUAUAUACAUAUAUAUGUGUAUAUAUAUAUAUAUAUAUAUAUGGAUUUGAAGCAGAAUUCACAUCAUGAUGGUGCUACUCAGCCUGCUACAAAUAUAUCAUAAUGUGAGCUAAGAAUUCAUUAAAGGUUUGAGUGAUGUUCCUACUUGUCAUAUACCUCAACACUAGUUUGGCAAUAGGAUAUUGAACUGAGAGUGAAAGCUUAGAGCAUCGUGUACCAUCAUUUUUUUCCAAGUCUUUUUAUUAUUAUUAUUAUUAAAAAAAAGCAUACCUUUUUUUCAAUACUUGAUUUCUUAGCAAGUAUAACUUGAACUUCAACCUUUUCGUUCUAAAAAUUCAGGGAUAUUUCAGCUCAUGUUCUCCUUAUGCCAACAUGUCACCUGUGUUUAUGUAAAAUUGUAGGUUAAUAAAUAUAUUCCUUUUUCAGGGAUUUAACCCUUUUAUUUUGAAUCCCUCCUAUUUUACUUGUAUAUGUCCUGAUGUAACUAAAACUAAUUUUGUAAAAUCUGUUGGCUCUUUUUAUUGUAAAGAAAAGCAUUUUAAAAGUUUGGGGAAAUCUUUUGACUAUUUCGAGCAGGAAAAAAGAAUUACAUGAAAAUAGAAUGCACUGAGUUGAUAAAGGGAAGAUUGUAAGGCAGGAGUUUGGCAAGUGGCCGUUGGCUAGAGUCUCUCGACACUUCUUAAGAGUUUUUGACCCCGUAGCCAAUACAGUCGAGGGCCACAAGGACUUCCCUCCAUAGGCAGAGCACGUAGGGGUGUGGCGUGCAAUCCACUGGACAAUUACAUUUUGGUCUAAGUACAUUUGUGCUUUCUAACAUUUCAAAUAAAUAAAUUCUUAAACGAGGCCUUGGAGUUUGGUCAAGUCCUUAUAACAUGGCUUUUGUCUUUUUAAAAUAUCGCCCCACAGUUUUUGGCUGUGACCAAUUUACAAAUAUUUCAAAAACAUUAGCUUUGCAUAUGUCAAACCACAUGAUUUCAAUAUUUUGCAUAUACCAUGUAUCUAACCCCAAAUAUCUGGCUAGUCCGUGCACAUCUGUUGGUUUUGAGUCAGCCAUCCCGAUUUGAAUAUCUAGUUUCUGUAUCAUCCACUGUCAUUUGUCAAACUGCUGGCCCAACAAGAGCAAGAAGUGUAGUUUGGGGUUUGGAGAGCGGGAGGGAGGGAGGGAGGGAGGAAGAGAGGAAAUCCAGUGGCAUAUUGUAAAUAUCAGAUCUAUAAUUGUAAAUAUCACACCUGCCUCAGUUAGAAUGAAUGGAAGCAGAUCUCCAAUUUGCUUAUAUAGGAAUAUCAGGUUAACUAUAUAGCCAUACUUGAAAAUGCUUCUGAGUGGUGUCAACUUUACUUGAAUGAAUUUUUCAUCUUGAUUGACGCACAGUGCUGUACAGUUCACUUCUAAAGCUAGUGGGUAACUUGUAUAGGAAACUUUUGCAGUUUGACACUAAGAUAAUGAACUGUGUGUGCAUUUUUCUAUGCUUUUUUUAAAACUUAGUUUCAUUUCAUUUUCAUGUUCAGUUUGUCUAUAAAACCUAAGGAUGGUUAUAAAUACUGUAAGUAUUGUAAUGUUAUGAAUGCAGGUUAUUUGAAAGCGUUUAUUAUUAUAUCAUUCCUGAUAACGCUAUGUGAGUGUUUUUAAUAAAAUUUAUAUUUAUUUAAUGCACUCUAAGUAUGGUCUU